AUGGCCUGCUGUUUAUGUGCGAAAUAUUUUCUUCUAUUCUUCAAUUUAAUUAUUUGGUUAUCAGGUGGUGCUUUUCUUAGUUGUGGAAUACUUGUUUUAUAUAAACGAGAUUUACAUGAAUUAUUUGCAUUAUUAUCUUAUGAUUCACGUCUUGUACCAUCAUUUCUUAAUGUUGGUUAUGUAUUAAUUGGUGUUGGUGCACUUGUGUUUAUUGUUGGUUUACUUGGUUGUUGUGGUUCUGUACGAGAAUCUCGACUUUUACUUGGACUUUAUGUAUUUUUUAUUAUACUUGUCAUGGGUGGAGAACUUGUUGUCGCAAUGUAUACGGUUCUAUUAGGUGAUGAAUGGGAUACAAAAUUACCGAGUACAUUAAAAAGACGUCUUCAAACCUAUAAUUAUUCAACACCACAUCAAUUUGAAUUUGAUUUGGAUACUGUUCAUAAGCAGUUUGUUUGUUGUGGUAUUGAGGGUCCAUCCGAUUUUUAUGCUAAUAAUGAUUAUAAACUAUAUGGUAAUCGUCUUCCUUCAUCAUGUUGUAAUCGAUUAUUAUUAAAUGGUGUUUGUAUUGAAGCUGAUUCUUAUCGAUUAGGAUGUUUUCAAAUAAUAAAUGAAUAUGUACAAUUUUAUUCGAAAUUAAUUGUUGCUAUUGGAAUUGGUAUUGCUGUAUUUGAAUUAAUUGCAUUACUUAUGGCUGUAUGUGUAUGUCGCAAUACAAAAGAUGAAGAUGAAUUUGAUUAA